GGAAGAGCACCCCGACUCUUAAUCACGUGACCUCUUUUUAGAAGAAAAAAAGAUACGGUUAAACAAUAAAGCUAAACACGUUGUUUAAAUUACUCAACGCUUGUAUUUUGGAAAUUUUGCAUUUGGAACCGUAUCAAUAUUUUGUAGUUUAAAGUCGUAUAUUUACAGUAAGUUGAGGAAAAUUGCUCGUCAGCGAACGUUGGCCGCUGAUUCGCAGCUGAUUUCAGACCAGGAAGUGAGAUGUGUCCAUCGCUCACUACUAGCUUGUUUUUAACCUUAUGCGAUGAAAGCGCUAAAUGAUAUAUAAAUUAUUGUAUAUUUGUGACAAUUUAGGAUUACGGUUACAAUCGGUUUUUUUUUCUUAUAUAUUAGCGCUGGUGCAAUUUGACUUGGACACGGUGAAGACUCCUAAUCGACCCCUUUUUUAACCAUCUGGGAGGAUCGUUGUUGGUCGAAGUAUCCGUUAGCAAAGUCGGUGUGAUGGCCGAAGCACACAGGUAUUGUGUGGUCGGAUUUCUACUCCUGUCACUGCUAUCUGGAUGCACGGCACGGAUACAUAAUCUUACCCUGGAGAAUGAAACGCGCUUUGUUGUGGAUCUCAACAACUUUGGUUUCUACGCCAAUGGGACUUUGAACGUGAACCUGUCUUCUCUGCGGAUGAAUGAAGGGAUUGUGAACUACACCAAGUAUCCAGUUGGAUUCAGCCUUUCCAGGUCUCGUGUUAAUGGAGUCUUGUCCUACACAGCAGAUGAAGCGGACACCUGUACACUCGAUUUGACCAAAUCACCCAAUGAUGAGCCACUCAUUCUUUUUCUUAUUGACAUCAGCAGCCUCAGCGUCAAAGUGAUGGCUAUGGGCGACCAGGACAAUGUGUUGACAGCAAAGCCGAAGGCUGAAACAAACACAGGAAAAAGAAAAACCACAGUGGCUUCUGCUACAGAGAAACACCCUGUCAGUAUGAAGUCAGCACAGCCUGAUAAGUCUAAAGAAAUCGUGGAGCAGACGAAAGAAGUUAAGGAUGAGGAAAAAGACUUUAUUCUGGACAAGCCAACCAAUUUCAGCUUAGCUCUGGUCAAAAUUAACAACUCCUACAACUUCAUGUUCACCGUUUUGGUUGGCAUGAAGGCCCAGGGCAUAUACAGCCUCAAGUUCCACUACUGUUAUAACAGGUUACCUGGGAUCCAGAUUCCUUACUCCUUCACGGUGGCUGUGACUGAGAAGAAUCCAGGAAGCUUCCUGUCUGCAGCAGAAAUCCCUUUGUCCCGCCUCUACCUGUACAUGGCUGGAGUCUUCCUCGUUGCUGCCAUAGUCUGGGUCCACAUCCUCAUGAAGCACAGGUACAGCGUCUUUAAGAUCCACUGGCUGAUGGCGGCUCUGGCUUUCACCAAGGUUAUAUCCUUAGUUUUCCACAGUAUCAACUAUCACUUCAUCAACACUGAGGGCCAUCCGAUUGAAGCCUGGGCUGUCAUGUACUAUAUAACUCACCUGCUGAAGGGCGCUCUCCUCUUCAUCACUCUGGCUCUGAUCGGCACGGGCUGGGCUUUUGUCAAAUACAUCCUCUCUGACAAGGAAAAGAAGAUAUUUAUGAUAGUCAUUCCUCUGCAGGUCCUGGCUAAUGUUGCUUACAUCAUCAUUGAGUCGACAGAGGAAGGCUCCAGCGAGUAUAAUCUCUGGAAGGAGAUCCUCUUCCUCGUUGACCUCAUCUGUUGCGGAGCCAUCCUUUUUCCCGUCGUCUGGUCCAUCCGUCACCUACAGGAGGCUUCCAGCACAGAUGGCAAAGCUGCCAUGAAUUUGGAGAAACUCAAGCUCUUCCGACAUUACUAUGUUAUGAUUGUGUGUUAUAUCUACUUCACAAGGAUCAUAGCCAUUCUGCUCAAAAUCACCAUGCCUUUCCAGUGGCAGUGGUGUUAUGAGUUUCUUGUGGAGGUUUCCACUUUGAUCUUUUUCGUGCUGACGGGUUACAAGUUCCGACCGGCGUCCAAUAACCCCUACUUGCAGCUUCCCCAGGACGAGGAGGACGUGGAGAUGGAUGAAGUGGUGACGGAGUCAGGCGCUCUGGAAGGAAUUUCGAAGGUCAAGAAGACAUCUAAUGGACGUGAGCGCCAGAAGGAACCCGAUGCCAUCUGAGCCAAGGGCUUCAACUUCCAGAAAGAGCAACUAACCCCCCCCCUCACAUCAGCGAAUGGAAAAGGGGGAAACAGAUGGACCAAGACUCCCCACUUUCGUUUAAGUUUUUCCUCUUGAAACUGAGUGGUUCCAGUGGUCAUGUCCACUGUCUGGCUAUGCAAAAAAACAAAAGAAAAAGGAAAAAAAAAAGGCCUAACCUGUGGGACUCCUCAUUUUCUCACGUUUCUCCACACAGAAGCUUAGAAGAUUCAGGAGGUUUCUGUCAACACGGACAUGUGGAGAUGCUGAGACCAGCUCUUUUUGGUCCCUGUUGUUUUCUUCUUCGUCUUUCUCCAAAGAUAAUUAUUUUAGAACAGAAAUUUGCUCUCGAGUGUGUUUAUAAACUAUUUAAAAACGGUACUUCUGCAAGCCUUCUUACCUUCUGUUGUGUGAAGCUAGAACAUUGCGCGUAUGUGAACGUGAGAACCUGCAGGGGUUCAGUUCAGCUUUUUGGAGACGAUGGCCCAAACUCAGGUAAAAGGCUCAUUCAGUCAAUUUCAAUAUAGGCCCUGUAUCCCACCAUUCAGGGGGCAGGGAGUUUUCAUUUCCCAUCACUCAUUGUACAACUUCCUGUUCACGCAGCACAUGUUUUGCUUUUCUUUUGACAGUUUAUUGCAAUGUCUGGAUGUUUGACGUAGUGUAUUUCAAUAUAUUGAUUUCCCACAUAACCCCAUGUUUGGCUGUGUUCCUGUCUGUGUUUGGGAGGGAAAUGCUCUUCCUCGUUUGGACCUUUGCUGUAAUUUAGUGCUUUGAGGACAGCUCCUCCACCUCAUUCAGAUCCUGGCCUAUCAGAGCGGUGGUCUUGCUUUGAGGACCGCCUUAAUCUGUUUGUUUUUUUUCCUUUAUUGGGCUUGUGUCGCCCUGGCAGAAGCAUCUUUGCAGCUCUUUAAACACUCUGUUUCAUCAUUUGCUCUUGAUGAUGUGAAGCUUUUCCCGAGGAAUUAUUGACUACUUCUCUGAGCAGCCAGGCUCAGUACAUGGCCGUGUGUAAAUAAGACUGUUAAUACAGAGAAUUUCUUCGUGUUUCAGAUGAUAUCGAAAGACCAGAUUUUUUUUAAUUUUUUUGGCUACAAGUUGAGUAAGUUAACAGUAAACCGUUAACUGGAGGCUCCUGAUGUUUAACCAGUCCUGUUCACAGAAGACAGAGCUGCAGUGUUUACACUUUGUGUCUUCAGGCUCUCAGUAUUGGAGCUAAAGAAACAGAUUUAUUUGAAAGUGGUGAACGAAGGUUAAUUUCUUUUGUUGCUUUUGCUCAUUGAAGGAGUCUAAUUGAUGUUUAUAUUAUUGUCACAAUAAACUGGAUUUCAGGAAA